CAAAAAUAUACUACUUCCGGGAAAAUAACUGCAUGUGAAAUUUUGAUUUGUGUAAGUUUAUAUUAUCUUAUACUCAUAUAUAGUAGGCUUAGUAGGCCCAUAUAUAAUAAGAUUAUGGAAUAAUAAUUACUCAGAGCUUUUAAAAUAUUAUUUUUUAGCAGAUAUUUAUUGGUAUAUUAAUUUUUUUAUCAUAAAAAAGAAAACCCCACAUCUGGCUGUAAUAGUAAUAGUCGAUCACCUGGCCUGGCUCCACACUCCACAGUUACAAGGGACAGGCAGCGGCCCUCCAUCCCCAGCUCUUCCAUAAAUUCCAUAGAUAAAUAAAAAUAAAACGAUUAUUAUUAUGAUUAUUUAAAAAAGAUAUAUUUGUUUUUGGUAUACCUAUGUUUUUUUUCUCCCCUCAACCCUCAGUUAGACAGUUGAUACAUUAAAAAUAAAAAUAAAGUUUAUUUGAAAAUCAGGCUUCAUCCCCAACAAAGCCAACCUAAGGCUCAAAGCAUGUAGAAAUUACAAAGUCAACCAUAUUAAAAGAGAAAUGAAAAAAUCUAGGCCUAUAUUAUAUCACAUUGAAAUACAAAAUGCAAAAUUACAAAAAUUACAUAAGAGAAUACCCAUUCUAAGUCAUUCAUCUCUUCCAAACGUAAACAACACAGGCCAAUAUACAUUUAGUAAAAUAAUAGCUAGCUGGAAAAGAUCAUCAACAUCACCCCAGCAGGUGUUUUCGAAAUAGAUGUGUUUUCAAUUCGGUUUUGAAAGACUGCAGUGUCAGGCUGUUUCUGAGAGCGACAGGAAGUGUGUUCCAAAUUGUUGGGCCAGCAAAUGAUAUGCGAAAGUGCGCCUUCCUUAAGUCUCAAAGUCAAAGCGAACACAGGGUAUCGAGAGUUUGCCAUUAUUGGAUGAGCGGAGUUGUCUAGUGGGAAAAUAAGUAGACUAGUUGAAGUAGUCAUGAGCGCUUUGAGAUAGGACGGUGCCAAUGAAAGUGAAUCAAUUAAAGUCAAUUAAACUGAGUACAUCUAAGUCCAGUGACCAGUGAAUUAACUGAGACAGAACUGCAUUAUCUUAAGCUUAUUAUUCUUAACUGAAUAAUAUUUCAAUUAGCGUGAUUCUUCAAUCAUGAAUGGUUUAGUUUGAGUCAUUUGAGUACCAGUAUCAGUCAGUGGGUUUUGAUAGUAGAAGUAGUAAUAGACAGGCAUAGCAAAUAUCAAAUAAAUUAGUUCCUAACCCUAGACUCUAGACUAGGAGGAGAGGUGCAUGUUAAUGUUGUGACAGUGAGUCUACUGUGUGUUUGGAUAGUACUUACUUAAACAAGUUAGUGUUAGUAGUAGAUUAGUUCUCAGGCUUAAGUUACAGUUACUGAGUACUUUCUGAGUACAUUACGACUGUACUGUAUGAUAGUAUAUUACAUGACAGUGUGAUUAGUAAAAAUUGAACUAAUUAGGCCUAUGUUGAUACUCUUUCUGUCCCUACCUUCUGUAUGUUAUUUAUAAUAGUAACAGUUCCCUGCCAUCAUCACAGAAAGUCAGACACAUCAUUAUAAUUGCCAUAAAUAUGUGACAUCCCUCCCUUUCUAGAUGUGUAAUGUCAUUUAUUAAUGGGCCUUUAGCUGGUUCUGUUAUGUUAUGUAGAUUGAUAACUGUUGACAAAACAGUUAGGUGGCAUCUGAUAAUAAAUUUUAAAUGUAUUUCUUUUUCAGUUUAAGUUCUUAAAAUGGAUUCCUAUAAGCCUGGGCAGGUUUCAGCUUUGCUUUUUUCAAAGAAAAGAAAAUCAGAAGAGAAGAGCAAUGACCUUGCCAAACUUUUCUCUGUCAAAAACCCUUCUGCUAAUCCAGCACAGUUACCGUCACCACAAAGACAAAAGGUAAAUACGUCAAAAAUAUUUUUAUAGUAUUAGUUUAUAUGAGCUGAACAGCAAUAGUUUUAAAAAAAGAACAUUCCUUUAUCUAUAAGUACAAAGUUCAUUGCUUAAAAAAUUUAUAUCAAUUCUUUAAAUCCUUAAAAUUAUAUGCUUAGAAUUAAAAUACAAUUAAAAUUUUUUAGGCAGCAUCAGCCAACAUUUUAAAACAAACAACAGACAGUAAUAUAGUUAAAGAACACCCCAUGUCAUCCAAGAAGAAGAGAAAAAAAUCAGGUGUUUCCAGUGAAGAAAUGGAUGUUACGAGCCCAAAGAAACCUUUGACCUCUGAACCUUUUCCUUUUAUUCAUGAAACUUUAUUGCAAAACAGGUCAGUUUGAUUUAAUUUUUGUCUUCCUAUUUAUAGUGAGUCUAGACAAAGCUGAAAUACUUAGACUUGAUAAUUCUUAAAAGUGUAUUCAUUUAACGUUUGGUGCUUUAUUAUGGUCCUAUAACUUAAUUCUGCAUUUUUUCAUGUACAGAAAUCCAGUUGCAACAAAAACUGGUGGCGUGAAAAGGAAGCUAGAAAAAAGUAAAAAAGAUGAAGAUGAACCAGAAGGAAAGAGGUUUAGAAGAAAUCGCAAAAGAGACAAAGUUGCAGACAAGAGAACCAUUUUUGUUGGGAAUUGUCCCUUGUCAGCAGAUAAAAAAGUAUGUUUUCUUUUAGAUAUAAUAUAUAUAAUUUAUUUGCAUUAUAAUGAGUAUAUCCUAACCUGAUAUUUUAUAUGGUGAUUGAAAUUGUUUGAGUUUCUUUCCUCCCUAAUCAUGUAGAUUCUGAAGAAGCUGUUUAAAGAGUAUGGAGAGAUUGAGUCAAUCAGAUUUCGAUGUGCUGUAAGUUAAAUUUUGAUAUUUAAUACUAAAAGUGGGAUUUCUUUGACUGAUUUUCUUAAAUGUCAAGGAACCAUCAGUUGGGUAUAAGGUGACUUUUUUUUUUCAGUAAGUUACACAACAAAAUUAUUCAAUAGGGUAAAUUUUUGUUGCAUUAAAAAUGUGGGAGGAAACACUUAAAAAUUGUGCAAACAGAAAUAAAAUUGGUAGAGUGAAAUUGGAUGUCAUUAAAAAUGUUAUUGAACAUAAAUACUGUUACAUCUCUCAGCCUCCAGCAGAUCCCACGUUACCAAGAAGAGCUAUUGUCAUUACGUAAGUUUGUAGCUUUUUCUUUUUACAAGAUUGUUAUAAAAUAUAGUACUUUUAGUAUAGACCUAAUACAAGCUUAUAGGAAUUAUUUAAACACUUUAUUUGCACACAACUCUGAUUGGAGUUGCUUGAUUUUAUAUUUUACAUUAUGGUCCCAAUGCAAUCUGGAAACAGACAAAAUUACAUUAAAUAUUGCCCUGCUUUGGCAUUAAAUUAACAUUUCAUUUUCUGUAACAGGAAAAACUUCCAUGAACAGUGCAAUAACUAUGUAGCUUAUAUUGUCUUCAAGGAAGUGGAAGCUGCCAUGAAAGCUUUAGAAAGGUAAUGAGGUCUGAAAGUUUGACUGUUAUUUAAAUAAAUAUUAUAUUCUUUUAAUAAUAAUUUUUAAAUCAUAUUAAGUGUACUCAUUACGCAAAACUUUUAUAUUUUUAUAAUAUAGUUUUAAAUGUGUUGAGGAUCAAAGCUUUAAAAAAUCUUAUAUAAUGAUAGGUGUAACAACUAUAUGAAAAGAAUAAAGUCCUCUAGAACAAAUGCCUCUGUUUUCAUAUUUCAGGAAUGGCUACCUACUAGAUGAUCUCCACAUACGGGUCGAUAUAGCUGCUAUGGCCAAUAAGGUUGGAAGCUGUCAUUUUUGGAAUUAUUGAAACACAUAUAUAUCAAAAUUCUACAUCUUUUACUAAAAAUAACAAAUAUAAAGAAGAUAUAGCUAGCAAAAUGUAACUUUUAAGUUUCUCUCUGUUUGUAAAAUGAUAAAGAGCUUAAAUGAUUUACUUUUUUCCAGAUUUGAAAUAAAAAUUAUUUAUAUUUUACAUGCAUCAUUUGAUUUUCAGCAUGACAAAAAAAGAUCAGUUUUUGUUGGAAAUCUUCCAUUUAGUAAGUAGAAAGUGUGCACCCUAUCUAAAUAUAGUGAAUGACAAAACAUUACUGAACAACAAAUAAUUGAAUAUAUGCGUUGUCAAAGUUAUGCUUUUUCUAUUGAAUUUUAAUUAAAAGGUAUUGAAUGUCGUGUCUCUUCAAAAAAAAAGUAUUAGAGCUAUGGGACUUUAUUUGUGAGGUUAUUUUUUUAAUGUUAUAUAUUUAUAUUAUAUACAAUUUUUUUAUAGAAAAAAAUAAAAUCAUUUAUGUAUAUUUAGUAUUUAGAGUAUAGUUCAUGGCUCUGUGUGUUUGUCAUAUCAUCUAUAAGAUACAAAAUUUAUGGUAAAAAAAAUAUUUCCUCUAGUUAAGGGCUUAUUUUAUAUGCCGAUCCUUUAAAAAGGUCAGUUUCUUUAUUUGUUACAAUGUACGAUGUACAAUUUGUUGCAUGUGAGCAAUUUAUCUUUUCUGUGUACAUACAAACAACAUUCAGCGACCAAGCAAGCGUCAUAUUUGCUCAAAAAGCCAGUAAUUUAAGUAGUGACCCCUUGGUCGGAGGGUCGCACAGUUUAUUCAAAAAUAUAUGUUAAACGAAAUGAGCCAACAGUAACGUUCAUCAUUUGAAGUGGAAUUUAAAAAAAAAAUUGUAUGCAUCUUUUUAAAGUUGGUAAACAUUUACUAAGAAAAUUAUUAAUUUAAAUAUUUUCUUAGGUAAUUCAAAACUCAUUCACUCUAGAACCACAGAUUAUAAAAUUGUUUCCCCUUAAAAUAAGUUAAAAUCAAUGUUAGAUAAUUAGCAAGUCCUCAAAUAUUUUUUGUUGAAAGGUUUUAUAAAAACAACUGCAAGAGAAAAAGGACAAAUUUUAUUUUGAUCAUUUAUCUUGGUGUGCUGUGUCCUUAAAAUAUUUGAUUUCUUUUAAAGCUAUUACUGAGGAAGUCAUUAGAGCUCACUUUGAAGACUGUGGGGACAUAACAAACGUGAGAAUAGUACGUGACAGAAUGACCAGUCUCGGUAAAGGAAUUUGCUAUGUACAGUUCGAGGUAAGAAUUCAGUGGAACGCUCUUGUAAUUUUUUCAUGGAUUUUUUAUAGCCUCUUUGUUAACCUAACUUUACCUUCAACCUUUUUUGGUUUGAAUUUUGACGUCCCAGAGUUAACAGAUUUUUUGGUGUUGUUUAAUUUAUAAACCAAUAAACGACAAAAUAAGAAUUUUAAUAUUUGCCAGCUAAAUGGGGAGAAAUAUUUUGCCUUCCCCACCAAAAUAAAUAAGUUUGACGAUUUGCUUAUAUGUUAAGUCAUCUCAUUACCACUAGUUAUAAAUUAAUCAUUUUAAAAUAAAAAAUAUUUAGUUAUUUUUAGCUACCGUACCGGUAUUUUAAAUAUUCGAAUUAGACUUUUUAAAAUUAUCCAAUAUUCAUGAAUGGUAAAAAAUUUAAUUUUAAUCCUUGAUUCUCCUCAUUUAUUUGGUUAUUUUUAAUGAUUUAGAAAAAUGCAUUCAAUCCAAAUCAGCUGGUGAGAUUUAUUUCCCUUUUGAAAAAAAAAGCUCAGUGUGUUAAUACUCUAGUCAGUAUGUGAGGAAUGGUUAACUUGUUAUCAUUAUAUUCUGGUUUGUGGGAAUAAGGUCAAUGAUAUACUGGUUUGUGUCAUGCAGGUCAAUGAUAGUCUGGUUUGUGCCAAUAAGGUCAAUGAUAUUCUGGUUUGUGCCAAUCAUGUGGCCAAUAUAACUAUGUUUAUUUUGGAUUUCUGUUUUUUUUUUCCAGUCUAAAGAUUCUGUUGGAUUAGCUACAAAACUGAAUAAUUCAGAGCUGCAAGGGAGGCAACUGAGAGUCAUGGUUUGCUCCAACAAACAAAAGAAAACAGAUCAGAAAUUGUUGAAAAAACAGCUGAAAGAAGUAUCCUUUAAAACAUUGUCUAUUGUCAUUCUAAUUUACCUUACUUGACCUGGGUGGUUUUAAGACAGACUUUCAAUCCCAGCAGAAACAUGACAAAAAAGAAUGUUCUGAUCCCAGUUAAUGAUUCCAUUUUAUCACAGCAAACUAAAACUUGCACACAAGUGAGGAUUUAACAAUCAACAGUUUAACUUUAAAUAACCGGUCGCAGAUCAGGUUGACAGUAACACACAUGAAUAACCGGUCGCAGAUCAGGUUGACAGUAACACACAUGAAUAACCGGUCGCGGAUCAGGUUGAUAGUAACACACAUGAAUAACCGGUCGCAGAUAAGGUUGACAGCAACACGCACUCAGUCAGCAAAAAUUUAUUCUCAGCUUUGGAUUUUAAGAACUGACUAAAAAUUAUAGCAGGUUAUGCAAAUGCAUGUGCUUACCAUGAUGUUAGGUAUUAGAAACUGGACUCUUGGGUAUUGGCUUAGUGAGGAAAAAAAAGUGGGGUGGGGUUGGUGUCGCUUUUAGGGUUUAUAACCAAUUUUUAUAAUCAAUGUUCAUGGGUUUGGGAGCAAUAGAAGGAGUUGGCCAUGGGUGGGAUUUAGUCAAGGUGCACCCCUCUGUGUGAGUGUCAUGCAAGAUCUGUAAAGCACAUUUUGUGCAUUACGGGAAAGAGACUAUUCUACCCACCAGCUAGUGAGUCUGGUAGCUUGACAGUACAAAACAAAUUUUAUCCUGCUAACAUAAUAUUUAGACAACAUUUAUCAAAGUAGAGUUUUUUGUGGUCAAUGUACAUUCUUGCAUCGGCCUCGUAAAAAGUGAAGAAAAAAAUUUAGAAAUAAAAAAUAUCAAAAUUUUCUCCACAUCAAAGUUUGAAGAUGGACUAAAGCUAUAGUUUGACAUGCUUAAAACAAGAGCUUGACAGUUUUUACUCAAAAUUUUAGCUUAAUUACCGAUAUUAUCUAACAUAGACAGGACAAAUCUAUACCAAGUGUAGAUAGAAACUGACAAACUUUAAAACCGGCCAGGAUAAUGUUGCUAACCAGGUCAAACCAUGACUUAUGGUAACCCUAAGGUUAUGUCCCCCAACUUAUGGUAACCCUAAGGUUAUGUCCCCCAACUUAUGGUAGGUAACCCUAAGGUUAUGUCCCCCAUCUUAUGGUAGGUAACCCUAAGGUUAUGUCCCCCAACUUAUGGUAACACUAAGGUUAUGUCCCCAACUUAUGGUAGGUAACACUAAGGUUAUGUCCCCCAACUUAUGGUAGGUAACACUAAGGUUAUGUCCCAUAACUUAAGGUAACUAUAGAGAUUACGUCCUUCAAUACUUAAAUAAAGGGAAAUCUCAUGUACAUGUCAUCUUAAUUUUUUAAUUUACAUUAAAAAUCUAAAUGGCUGUGGGAUUUGUUUACUCUUGAUUUUCCGGGAGCAUAUCUAAAAUUAACAUUUAGUGAAAACAAAACGGUGCAUUAAUAAAUUUCUGUUCGCUCAAUAAUCAUUUUAAAAAGACAUUUAAUCGCCAGGUCAUUGUAACAGAGUAAUUCCAUAAAGUCAAAUUAUAGCGAUUUCAAGUUUUUGUAACAUUGACGUGUAUAAUUUUAUAAACAAGCAGGAUAUCAAUAUUUGUAAAUAAAAUAUAAAUACUACAAAUUAAAUAAGUUUUAUGUCAAUUAAAAAAAUAAAUAAAUACUGUUACCAGAAUGACUUUGAGGAUGACUUAAUAAUUCUUAUUCUACAUGGUAAUUUCUCCAUAAUGGUACAUGGCAUCUGUAUGGUUAUAACUUUUUUUUAGUAUUUUUAGCCUGCAUUUUUUUUACCUUUGCUGAAAUUUCUUGGUUACCUGCCCGUUUAAAGUUAAAGGAUUCAUUUUUUGUUUUGUUUUCACGCCACAAUCUAAAUUUAAACUUAAAUUACCGGUUCAUAAUUUAUAUUCCUUAACAUAUCAGAAGGACAAACAGCCAGCAAAAGCCAAGGUCAAGAAGAUUGCUUUUGCCCCAAGUAACAUCUCCAACAACUCGUUCAAAACCAUUCUGAAAGCUAAAAAAGAGAAAAGAUUCAGAAAAAUGAAAAAAAAGAAAGAGAAUGCCAAGAAAACCGACGGCCUGUCAUCCAUCUAUGGGGAUGUGGCUUCGGUUGAUAAGAAAAAAAACAUUGGCAAAACUAAAACUGAUCUCGCCAAAAGAAACAAAACAAAGGAAACAUUGAAAGGGAAGACCAAGUUUUCUCCAAAGGGGAGCUCAUUCAAAGGGAAGAAAAAUUUUUCUCAAAAAGGGAGUUCAUUCAAAGGGAAGAAACAAUUUUCUCAAAAAGGGAGUUCAUUCAAAGGGAAGAAACAAUUUUCUCAAAAAGGGAACUCAUUUAAAGGGAGAAAACAAUUUUCUCAAAAGGGGAGCUCAUUCAAAGGAAAGAGGAAAUGAUUUCAAUAAAAUUUAUUGUAUUAUUUGUAUUAUUAAACAAAAGGAUUUAUAUUA